AUGGUGAAGAUUCCUAAGGCCGCUCGUGCUGCAGCUGCAGCGGCUGCGGCGGACAAACCUGUUCAGAAGAGGAUCAAGAACAAGGAGAAAUAUUUGCCGAAGGGUAAUAAGGAGCGGAAGAGGAAGGAGAGGGAGGCAUUGUUGAGCGAGCAGGGGAAGGCAGAGGGUGGGAAGGCAGAGAAGGAAGAUGGGUUGGAGAGGCUUGACGUGAAGGACGCUGAAGAGUCAGAGGCCGCAAGGUUGAAACGAGAGAAGAAAGAAGAGAAGAAAAAGGUCAAAGAGGCUCGUCGGGUUGCCCGAGCGGCUGCUCUUCCGGAGGGUGAAGCCCCACCAGAAGCUCCCGCCCCUGCUGAACCGGAAACUGCAAAGGAGAGCAACGAGCGCAAGAAGAAGAGGAAGGUGCCUGCCGAUGCUGAUGCCGAUGCUGACAUUUCUGCGCCUACCACUGUCGCUCCGACCCCUGUUGACUCGAGUGGCACUCCGCAGGAGGAGCGGCCCAAGAAGAAACGCAAGAAGGACCGUACCAUCGAUUUGAGUGCAACAGCACCGACGACUGCGACCGUGACAGUGUCCGGCUCGACAUCUACUACGCUCGCCUCCACGCCCGUCCCCACUGAUCCAUCCUCAAUAUCCCUCUACCUCUCGCAAAACCGCAUCCACCUCUCCUCGCCCACUCCCUCCCCUCUGCUCACAUUCUCCCAACUCCCGGUCCACCCCACUCUCCUAGAGCACCUGUUGUCACUCAAGUUCUCCCAGCCUACUCCUAUUCAGGCGUGUGCUUGGCCUGCUCUGUUAGAGGGGAGGGAUGUGAUCGGCAUCGCCGAGACUGGGAGUGGGAAGACCCUAGCCUUCGGUGUGCCUGCGCUCCAGUCUCUUGUCUCCAACACACCUGCCGGAAAGCCCAGCAAGUCUAAGCCCUCCAUCAAAGUCCUCGUCGUUGCCCCCACCCGAGAACUCGCGCUCCAGACACACGAUACCCUUUCCUCCCUCUCUGCCCCAUUCAAGCUACUCAGCGUCCCUCUCUAUGGCGGAGUACCCAAGCCUCCUCAACUGCAAGCGCUCGCCCAGCCGGGAGCGGCAGUGGUCGUUGGCACCCCCGGACGGGUCCUCGACUUUGCCCGUACUGGAGAGCUCGAUUUGAGUGGCGUGGGGUACCUAGUGCUCGAUGAGGCGGACCGGAUGCUCGAUAGGGGAUUCGAGCCUGAUAUCAGGGAGAUCGUAGGUCUGACCAAAAGAGAAGGGAGGCAAACAGCCAUGUUCUCGGCUACGUGGCCCGAAUCUGUUCGCAGGCUCGCAGCGUCUUUCCAGCGUGAUCCGUUUAGGAUCACAGUGGGUGCCGAAGACCUAAGCGCUAACAAACGUGUAGCCCAGUCCGUCGAAGUGCUCUCAAGCUCGUACGACAAAGACGCACGCCUGCGCUCUCUUCUCCAAUCGCUGAAUCAUUCCCGACAAGGCGGCAAGAAAGCGGAACAGGAACGCACCCUCAUUUUCGUCCUUUAUAAGAAGGAAGCCACGAGGGUUGAGCAGUCUCUUUCUCGCAUGGGCUACCAUGUAGCUGCUAUACAUGGGGAUAUGGGCCAACAAGCGCGGAUAGCAGCGCUGGACGAGUUCAAGCAGGGAAGAGUCAAGCUCCUUGUCGCUACAGACGUGGCUGCACGAGGGCUGGACAUCCCCGCCGUGGGCACUGUGCUUAACUACAGUUUCCCGCUGACAAUCGAGGACUACAUCCACCGAAUUGGCCGGACAGGUCGUGGGGGCGCCUCGGGCAAAUCGAUCACGUUCUUCACCGGAGAGGCGCACGAAAAAGCCCUCGCGGGUGAACUCAUGCGUGUCCUGCGCGACGCGGGGUGCGAGGUACCCGCCGAGAUGUCAAAGUUCCCCAAUACGAUCCGGAAGAAGGAACAUUCGGUGUAUGGCGCAUUUUAUAGGGACGAUAUCCCGAUGGAUGCAAAACCGAAGAAGAUCACGUUUGAUUGA